CGCAGAUCUCUUCAGACUGACGGGGGAGGAUGUAGUUUGAAAGGAUGAAAAACUGCAGAAGGAGAAUAGUUUCAGAACAUAAUUUCUGUUCUUGGUUCGGGACAUAUCAGAGUUCCACAGGGAAAGGCCACAGAAGUUGCUUCUGGAACAGUCUGCAACCAUUUAAAUACCGCGGAACCGCACCUGAAACCCGGGAAAAGCGCGUAAAGCGAAAGCGAUUUGAUGUCGGAGCUGUGUUACAACCGAGGUUGCGGACUCCGCUUCGAACCGCACAGUAACACAAGCGAUGCUUGUUGUUACCAUCCUGGGGUUCCCAUAUUUCAUGAUGCACUCAAGGGAUGGUCGUGCUGCAAAAAGAAGACAACUGACUUUUCAGAAUUUCUGGCAAUCCCGGGGUGCACCAAAGGUAAGCACUCCAACGUGAAGCCGCCAGAGCCCCCGAAACCGGACGUAACAUGUACCAAGGAUGGAACAGAUAACCUGCAGUCAGGGACUGCCACUGAGUACAUCAUGAAGGGUCCCAAAUCAGCAGAGAUGAUGAAGAAAGAAAGACCAAGUUCCGAUGAGCCAAUGGUAAAACUACCUCAGAGGGUCUCCAAGUCACUGCAGGAGUCAUUGGACAAGCUCAGUGAAUCAAAUCAGAAAACGGACACAAAGAAAAAGGAUGACAUCAGUAGCGGCGUUAAAGUGGGCACCUUCUGUAAAAACGCUGGCUGUAAGACGGCAUUUCAGGGGCUGGAGAGCGAUCGGGAAUUGUGCCACUUUCAUCCUGGAAUACCCAUCUUCCAUGAAGGAAUGAAGUACUGGAGCUGCUGUAAGAUAAAGACCACUGAAUUUGAUGAGUUCCUCGAACAGCCUGGCUGUGUCAGAGGCAAGCACCUCUGGACCAAGAAAGAAUCAGAUAAGAAGUUGGUUGGCUGCCGAUACGACUGGCAUCAGACUGGCAGUACGGUCGUUCUCACAGUUUAUGCAAAAACAUCCAGCCCAGAGCACAGCUACGUAGAUGCUAACCAGACAAUGUUGACUAUCCACAUCAUGUUUGAAAAGGACAAAGUUUUUCACAAAGUAUUAAAUCUAUGGGGUGUUGUAGAUACAAGUAAAAGCUUCGUCACUAUGGGCCCAACAAAAGUGGAAAUCAGCCUUCGAAAAAUGGAUCCUGUGAGCUGGGCCAAACUUGAACUGCCUCCGCAUAAAGUUGAAGAGAAGGAAGAAAAGAAAGAACAGAAGGAAGAAAAGAAAGAGAAAGGAGAAAGCCAAAAAGAAGAGAAAGUAGAGGAGAGUAAACCUAUUGCUCAGAAGUUUAAUGAAAAGUACCUGGGCGAUGAGCCGCCGCCUCUCGAAGAUGAUGAAUCUGAUGAUAGUUUAGGACUAUCUGAUACUGAAGAAGAAUUUGAUUGAUGUUUCAUUGGAUCCAACAACAAGUAGCAAAGUACUGCAAUUUUAUACAGUUUUGCUUUUCUGAUGUUAGAAAAGAAGCAUAGUUUGCAGUGUGGAGUAUCCCCUAAACAUUAAAAUAUUUGCAGAAUGUAAGAAACACAUGCAAAUAAAUGAUCAUUCAGUGAUCAUUCCAGAGCGUAGUUUGAUUUUAAGGUUUCAAAGAUGCCAUGUUGCUUAUCUGGCACUCAGCAGAAUGUUUCUCCAGCUAAGUGUCCGGAAGAUUAUAACUUUUGUCUUUAACCUCUGCUAAAGGAAGCAUUCACUGAUUUCAUUCCUCGCCCUAGUAAUGAUCUGAAACUACACCACACUAUUCAAUGUUUUGGUAUGAUUUGUUUUUGCCUGUUUUCUGAUAACUUCUGAUCUGCUCCUGGUGACUUACUUAUCUGUUACCAAACCGGCUAUUUCAUCUCCCGGCUCCUGGUUCAGCACACCUCCUCUUUUGCACCUUUGUUAACGGGCUCUGCAGAUUGGCCGCCUCCUCUUUUCCACCAUCCGCAUCAUUUCCAAAACUCUGCUGUCUAUCUGCUUUGUUUGAUAUCAAGUUCAUUGCGACACAGACAAAACUGUGGAGGAGCUCGGCAGGUCAGGCAGCAUCUGUGGAAAUGAAUAAACAGCUUCAAUACCCUCACCUGUUCACAAUGUCUUCAUUCUGUGUGCAGCACUGUCAGAUUGUCGAGCUCUCACAGAAGUGAUACAAGCGACCGAGUCAUUGUCUCAGCUCUCAGCACGACAGUGACAAGCCCUGUCACACUACACCUGUCCACAGAGGGGCUUUACUGUAGCGUGGUGGUGACGUUACAAGACUAUUUGCCACUGUCUAGCAACAUCCCAUCAUUCUGGAGAAUUUAAAUUAAAUAUAUAAAAUCUGGAGUUUAGAAGAAAAGUUCUUGGUAAUGAAAGGCAUGAAAGUUAACGGAGUUUUGUAGAAAACAAAUCGAUCUGGUUCAUUAUUGUCCGUCGGGAAGAAAUGUACUGUCCCUGCAUCCUCUGGUUGAUUGGCGUCUGAAGGUGUGCAGGCUCAGUGACAAUUAGAGCGGGACAAUCAUGCUGACUUGAAUAAAUUAUAAGCAACCAACCACAUUUGAGUUAUCAGAAUAAAUGAAUGGAUGAGAAACUCCGCACUGAAGUGGCUUAAGGAUUCAGCUGUGCAGUAUGGGGACUAUGCGACGUGAGGUACGCUGCUGCAGGCCACUGGCCUGGUGUUUGUUGUAUUCCGCAACAUUUUUCAAAUUGUUCAACGUGGUACAUUGAGCCAGACAUACCCCACUGAAGGCACAGCCCUCAGAUAGGAGCAGAGAGCAAAAGAGGAAAUAGGUAAAUUCAUGUCCAGGAUAUCCAUACCAACUCA